AUGGGGCUCAGGUCGUCCGCGUCGUCGGGGGUCACCACGCGCCGCUCGCACUCGCGCACCGCCUCCUGUGCAGGGCAAAGCACACGCGAACGCCCGCCCACCUCCACGCCCACACGCCCGCGCCUUCGCCCCGCCAGAUGCCACUCCAACACCGUCCGAACCUACCACAGCACCUCUCCACAAAUCCGUGUGCCCUGCGGUUCCCAGCGGUUAUCGCUAAUAGAGCGCGUCGCCGCCAAGGAAACCCAAGACCGCCUCUGCAACGCCGAGGGCGGGGGUCCGUGUGGAGAGGCCUUUAAACGCAGCGAUGACCUCACGACGGCGGCGACUCGUCCAUUAGAGCGCAGGGACGAUCCAGAAGAGUGUUUGCCCAUCCCUUCGCCGGGCCUGCUUCAGGGCUCGCCACACGCCCCUGCGAGAGAGCGGGAGAUCCGGGAGGGACAAGCCCCCAACCCCAACCACCAACCCGAUCAACCCCCAACCUCAGCCCCAGGCCCCAACCCCAUCAACACUCAACCCCAUCAACCCCAGCCCAACCUAGGCCCCAAUCUCUCACCCCAGACCCCCCAACCUCAGCCCCAGCCCCCAGCCCCAACCACCAACCCCAUCAACCCCAGCCCAACCUAG